CGUUGUUCGCGCUGAGGUUGCAAGACACAGAGGAGUUGAUUACUGACGAAAAUAUCCGUAGAAAAGUGACGGAAAAUGAAAGACUCAAGUUGGUGUCUUCCCCGUUAAUCGAAGCAGCCGAGAUAUGCGAAAAAUUAUGUUAUACAGAUGAUAAAUCUUUAAAACUUGCGACAUUUUCCCUUCAGAAAUAUAUUAAGGAGGUGGAAUUUGCUGAUGAAUUUUUAAAGAGAGAAGGAUUAAAAUCUCUAGUUGGUAUUAUCAAUAAUUCAACCGGUAACACUUUAGCGUAUGCUUUGACAUCAAUGCAAAAUCUUAUGGAACAUGAUCAUGGAUGGGACGACCUAGAAACGGACUUUAUAAAUAAG